AUGCGGGAACUGUCCGAACAGAUGGCAAGGACCGUGGUGUCGCAGUUAGAGAAGCUCACGCUUCAGCGUGAUGGGAAGGAGGUGGUAUCGACCAACUGUCGGAGAAGAGAAUUCUGUCGCGAAGCCCACAGGGGAGCGCAACAUGACAGGAGUAAAUGGGGACCUGGGCGGACAGUGAAUGCGCUCGACGAGGAGACGAGUAAGGUUUGUGGCAAUGGCGAUGGGGGACCCAAGGACGACAAUGGGGACUUUCCUUGCUAG